UCUUAAGUUUUGGCAGAUGGCGUUUUUAGAGGCGGGUUUCCAUGUACAUUGAGUUAAUUGCUACUUAAUUUCUCGCUUUUUUAGGUCAAUGUAGAGUCUAAUCUCCGCACAGUAGGCGCAAGCUGUUGCUUUCUUUGAUCAUGUCCGGUUCUUACUAUUUUGUGAUAGUGGGACAUAACGAUAACCCAGUAUUUGAGAUGGAAUUUCAUCCAUCGAGCAAGCAAAUUAACAAGGAGGAUCACAGGUAUCUGAGCCAAUUCAUCGCACAUGCAGCGUUGGAUCUUGUUGACGAAUGCAUGUGGACAACCAACAACAUGUACCUCAAAGUUGUCGACAAGUUCAACGAGUGGUUUGUGUCAGCAUUUGUCACAGCAAACCGCAUGAGGCUUCUCAUGUUGCACGAUGUCAAGAACGAAGAUGGUAUCAAGAACUUCUUUACUGAUAUUUACGAGCUUUACGUCAAGUACGCCUUAAACCCUUUCUACGAGCACAAUAGUCCAAUCAAGUCGUCUGUUUUUGAAGAGAAGGCUAAGCACCUUGGACGGAAGUAUCUCACAGCCUAACAGCGUUGCAUAUGCCUGUCUCUGUACAUACAUGUACCUUCUAGGUCGUAAUUAAAAGGUGUCGUUCAGCUACA